AUGUUUAUGUUGUUGUUGAGUGAUAUUCGUGUAGACGUUACUGCGGAUACAACACAAAUGUCUGGCACACGGCCAACGGGCACGGACACUUCGAUGCAAGCUAUGACAAGCGUCACGACUAUUACUGUUACUAUGGCCACCAGCACCACGACAAAGCCUUCACGUGGUAAUGUACAACAAGAAUUGAUAAAUAUGCCACUGCUAUUUAUGUUUUUUUCAAAAGAAACAACAAUGAUAUUUCCAUUCAGUAUUAUGAUCGUCAACAUUGUUUUUAUGGCACUUAUGACGAUAUCAAUAUCAAAACGUGAUGCACAGGAUAGUUCAUCAACUAUGGACAAUGCAAACACCGCAACGGCUAUAAUGUAUUUAACAAUGGCACUACAACAAUAA